AUGAGCACCCAGACCCCACUCACACUACUGAAACUGGCAAUUCAGAGCUUGCUGAAGGACAAGGACUUGACCAUGGGGGCUGUGGAAGUUUUGCCAGGGGAGCUCUUUCCCCCAGUGUUCAUGGAGGCCUUCACCAGGGGACACACUGAGGCCCUGAAAGCCAUGGUGCUGUCUUGGCCCUUUCCCUACCUGCCCCUAGGAGCACUGAUGAACAGGAGGGAUCCACAGACUUCAGACACUGAGGUGGAUGUUAGGGAGGUGGAGAAAAGGAUGUUACAAGCUGCACUGGAUGGGACUGAUGUGCUGCUGAGCCAGAAAAUGUGCUCCAGGAGGUUAAAAUUGCAAGUGUCAGAUAUGUGGGACAAGCACAACUUUUGGAGAGUCUGGGCUGGAAACAAGUUGGAAGCCUGCUCCUCCUCAGAAGCCAUGAAGAGGAGAGACACAGAGAAGAGUGGGCCAAGGGCAGCAGAAAAGCAGCCCCUCAAGGUGAUUGUAGACCUGGGGCUCAGUCACGAAUGUCUGUAUCUAUUCCAAUCCUACCUCCUCAAGUGGGUCCAGCAGAGGAAAGGUCUGGUGCAGUUGGAUUGUCCGAAGCUGUGCAUUAAAGCAGCAGACAUUCAAAGUAUCAUAGAGAUCACAGAAAUCCUGAACCUUGAUUCUGUGCGGGUGGCAGAACUGGGUGACUGCUGGACAUUAUCCACCCUGGCUCUUUUGGCCCCUUAUCUGGUUGAGAUGAAAAAUCUUCAGGCACUAAUCAUUUCUGACAUCUCCGUGCCUGAGUUCCUUUCCUCAACGGAGUUAGAGCAAUUGCUCACCCAAAUCACCUCUCAAUUUUAUGACCAGCUCUGUGCCUUUCUGCCUACCUCGAGCCGAUGCUCCCAGCUCAUUUCCUUCAGCUACCUGAGGAACUCCAUGUCCAUAGCCAACCUGGAGAGCCUGCUGUGUCACACUGCAAGGCUGAGGAACUUAUGCCUGAAUGUCUGCUGGCUGAGACUGGACUAG